CGGCUCCGGCUCGCGUUCGCCUCCGCUUCCCUCGGCUCGCGAAACCGCGCGGGCGCCGGCUGGAGCAGCCAGGAUGACGGCGACCCCCAGGAGCCCCUUCUCCUCUGGGGACGACCUGGACUCCAGCCAGUUACAGAUGGAGCCGGAUGAGGUGGACACGCUGAGGGAGGGAGAGGACCCAGCUGACCGGAUGCACCCCUUUCUGGCCAUCUACGACCUUCAGCCGAUGAAAGCGCGCCCCUUGGUGUUCGCCCCUGGGGUCCCUGUCACAGCCCAGGUGGUGGGCACCGAAAGAUACACCAGUGGAUCCAAGGUGGGAACCUGCACUCUGUAUUCAGUCCGCCUGACGCACGGUGACUUUUCCUGGACCACCAAGAAGAAGUUCCGUCAUUUCCAGGAGCUGCACCGGGACCUCCUGAGACACAAAGUCCUGAUGAGUCUGCUCCCCCUGGCCCGCUUUGCUAUUCCCUCUUCUGCGACCCGAGAGGCCACCAACAGAGAGAUGCCCUCUCUACCCCGAGCAGGUCAUGAGGGCUCCAGCAGACACACAGCCAGCAAGCAGAAAUACCUGGAGAAUUACCUCAACCGCCUCUUGACCAUGUCCUUCUACCGCAACUACCACGCCAUGACAGAGUUCCUGGAAGUCAGUCAGCUGUCCUUUAUCCCAGACCUGGGCUCCAAAGGAUUGGAGGGCGUGAUCCGGAAGCGCUCGGGUGGCCACCGCGUCCCUGGCCUCACCUGCUGUGGCCGAGACCAAGUUUGUUAUCGCUGGUCCAAGAGGUGGCUGGUGGUGAAAGACUCCUUCCUGCUCUACAUGACCCUGGAGACCGGCGCCAUCUCCUUUGUUCAGCUCUUCGACCCAGGCUUCGAGGUGCAGGUGGGGAAGAGGAGCACAGAGGCUCGGUAUGGGGUGCGCAUCGACACCUCCCACAGGUCCUUGAUUCUCAAGUGCAGCAGCUACCGGCAGGCCCGGUGGUGGGCCCAGGAGAUCACCGAGCUGGCUCAGGGCCUCGGCAAAGAUUUCCUGCAGCUGCACCGGCAUGAGAGCUUCGCCCCGCCCCGGCCUGGGACCUUGGCCCGGUGGUUCGUAAAUGGGGCAGGUUACUUUGCCGCUGUGGCCGACGCCAUCCUGCGAGCUCGAGAGGAGAUUUUCAUCACAGACUGGUGGUUGAGUCCCGAGGUGUACCUGAAGCGCCCGGCCCAUUCGGACGACUGGAGACUGGACAUUUUGCUCAAGAGAAAGGCGGAGGAGGGUGUUCGUGUGUCCGUGCUGCUGUUUAAGGAAGUGGAAUUGGCCUUGGGCAUCAACAGUGGCUAUAGCAAGAGGGCGCUGAUGCUGCUGCACCCCAACGUAAAGGUGAUGCGGCACCCAGACCAGAUGACGCUGUGGGCUCACCAUGAGAAGCUGCUGGUGGUGGACCAGGUGGUGGCCUUCUUGGGGGGGCUGGACCUUGCCUACGGGCGCUGGGACGACGUGCACUAUAGACUGACAGACCUUGACAACUCCGAGUCAGCCACCGCCCAGCCUCACCUGCCACAGCCAGACCCUGAAGCUUCCCUAGACCUGUCUCACAACCACCUCUUCUGGCUGGGCAAGGACUACAGCAACCUCAUCGCCAAGGACUGGGUGCAGCUGGACCGGCCUUUUGAAGAUUUCAUUGACAGGGAGACCACCCCCCGGAUGCCAUGGCGGGACAUCGGGGUGGUUGUCCAUGGCCCCCCUGCCCGUGACCUCGCCCGCCACUUCAUCCAGCGCUGGAACUUCACCAAGACCACCAAGGCCAAGUACAAGAUACCCAUGUACCCCUACCUGCUGCCCAAGUCCACCAGCACUGCAAACCAUCUCCCUUUCACCAUCUCCGGGGGACAGUGCACCACUGUGCAGGUCCUGCGGUCCGUGGACCGCUGGUCAGCGGGCACUUUGGAGAGCUCCAUCCUCAAUGCGUACCUGCACACCAUCCGGGAGAGCCGCCACUUCCUCUACAUUGAGAACCAGUUCUUCAUUAGCUGCUCAGAUGGGCGGUCGGUUCUGAACAAGGUGGGCGAUGAGAUCGUGGACCGAAUUCUGAAGGCCCACAACCAGGGGCAGCGUUUCCGGGUCUACGUGCUUUUGCCCCUGCUCCCUGGCUUCGAGGGCGACAUCUCUACAGGCGGGGGCAACUCCAUCCAGGCCAUUCUGCACUUCACCUACAGGACCCUGUGUCGUGGGGAGUAUUCCAUACUGCACCGCCUCAAAGCAGCCAUGGGGACGGCGUGGCGGGACUACAUAUCCAUCUGCGGACUCCGCACCCACGGAGAGCUGGGCGGGCACCCGGUCUCGGAGCUCAUCUACAUCCACAGCAAGAUGCUCAUUGCGGACGACCGCACAGUCAUCAUCGGUUCUGCCAACAUCAAUGACCGGAGCUUGCUGGGGAAGAGGGACAGUGAGCUGGCUGUGCUGAUUGAGGACACAGAGAUGGAGCCGUCCCUCAUGGAUGGGGCCGAGUACCAGGCAGGCAGAUUCGCCUUGAGUUUGCGGAAGCACUGCUUCAGCGUGAUUCUUGGUGCAAAUGCCCGGCCCGACCUGGAUCUCCGAGACCCUGUGUGUGAUGACUUCUUCCAGUUGUGGCAAGCAACAGCAGAAAACAAUGCCAAUAUCUACGAGCAGAUCUUCCGCUGCCUGCCGUCCAAUGCCACGCGCUCCCUGCGGACUCUCCGGGAGUACGUGGCCGUGGAGCCCCUGGCCGUGGUCAGCCCUCCCUUGGCCAGGUCGGAGCUCACCCAGGUCCAAGGCCACUUGGUCCACUUCCCCCUCAAGUUCCUGGAGGAUGAGUCUUUGCUGCCGCCGCUGGGCAGCAAGGAGGGCAUGAUUCCCCUGGAGGUGUGGACGUAGCAGAGGCUCCGCUCGGGCAGAGGGCACCGGCUGCCUGCUCCUUUACCCUGAGGACUGAGGGCCGUGCAGGCACAAGCAGUGUCCCGGAAGGGGCUGGAGAAGCCACUGAGGGCCCUUCCUUGAGAAGUGGCCAGAGGGGGCGCUCUCAUCCCUGGGCAGAGGGGGAUGGAGAGGGGCCCAGAGGGCUUCAUCCACCUUGCUGCCCAGCUCAAACCACUGCUGCUAGGACGUAGGGGGUGGGACUUCUCAUUGCAGGAGGAGGGGCCUCCCCAUCUCCCCCCUUCUCCUCCCGGUCCUCUCCAGGCCCAUUGCUGCCAGGGUGGAGGGGAGAGCGGAGGCCCUGCGGGCUGCACCCCACAUGGGGAUGAGGAUGAGCGCACACUAAUUCCCUCCGCCAGCCUACUGAUAGACACUAACUGUGUACCAGUGCAAUAAGCAUUUCAUAAAUAAACGUCUAGAA